CCAACUCCAAACUCAAUGAGAGCAAAGCCGUCGAUGUGAACUGCCAUGGCGCCCAAAGCGAAGAAGGGCACAGGUGCACCAAAAGUACCAAAGGCACGAGCAGGUGGAGGCGUCGCCAAGGGCAAGGCGAAAGCAGCGCCGGUCGCCCCCGCAGCGCCGACACCUCAGGACUUGGCCGCGGUGCAAAUCCAACGCUUCGCGCGUGGCUUCUUGGCGAAGCGCCGGCUGCGGGAGAAGAAGCAGCAGCAGAGGCAGCUGGCGGAAGCCUUGAGAGCUGCAGAGCUGGCCUCGCUCCAGGCCGAGCGUCGGCGGAGCGAGAAGGAACGAUUGAAGGCGGAGGCCAAGCGCCAGAAGCAAAAGGAACGGCAGGAGGACACGCGUGCCUUGUUGGAAGCUGCCUUCGAGGGAGACGAGGACUUGGUCUUGAAGUUCUUGAAGAAAGGCCUUCCCGUGGACGCUGCGCCCGCCUCCGGUGUGACGGCCUUGUCCGAGGCGGCGGCCGCGGGGAAGCCACGCGUGGUGGAGCUGCUGCUGGAGCGCAAGGCCAACCCCAACAGCCGCGGCGAGUUCAAGCGCACGCCGCUGUGGCGAGCGUCCUACAGUGGGCGUGAAACCAUCUUGCCCUUGCUGCUUGAAGCCGGAGCUGACCCGCGCUUACGUGAUGAACACGGCCAUAGCCCCUCUGAUGUGUGCAAGGAGGAGCUGGCGGAAGUCUUUGCUUCGUGGGACCUCGAACGGACGGAAGAGCUUCUGGAGGACUACGAGUCCUGGGCCUUGGAGCUCCGCGCGCAAGAGCUGCGGCGCCAAAGUGAAGAGAUGCAAGAUGUGGAGAAGUCCUACGAGGUGGCGCUGCAGAAGCACCAGGCGGCGCAGAUGAUCUUGGCCAAGGCCAAAGCACAGAUGCGGCGCCGGGAAAAAGAAUGGGGCCCUAAACUGGCGGCUGGGCACAAGGACGCCUUGGAUGCGUGUGCCUCCGCAGACGCUGCCUUGCAACAAGCAGAGGUGGCUGCUGAGGAGGCCAAGAGGCUCUUCGACCAGGCCGCCUUAGCGCGCCUCACCGCUGCAGAGCAGUGUGGGGCCACUGUAGACCUGGGCACAGGGCGAGAAGUGCCAGUGCGUGAGCUGAACAACGUGCUGCUGCGGGACUUGGGCGAGCGCAUCGCCUUGGCCAAACGCUGGCCUUUGGUGGUGGAUCCCGAAAACAUCGCACAAAAGCUGAUCCAGUACUCCGGGAGCUCCUUGUUGAACUUCUUCCUCCCUGGCGACAUGGAGCCCGAACGCCUGAGGAUGGCAUUGCUCACGAUGCUGCGUGCAGGGGGCGUGCUGGCCUUGGAUCUGCUUUGCUUUGGCGCCGGCGUCAACGUGGAACUCCUCCGGGCGCCCUUCGAGGAGCUGCGGCCAAAGCUCUUCGAAGAUUUGUGUAGCCGCCAGUUGCUGAAGGCCUCCAAGCAAAACCGCAUGCCAGACUUCUUUGACCUGGUCACCAAGGAGGAGCGGAAGGAGCGCUUCCGCGCCCAGGUCUUCGAUGAAGCGCGCACGGCCAAGUUCAAGUUUAUGGUUCUGACCACAACUGAGCUGCUUGGGUGUCCAUGGCUGCGGGCUGGGCAAUGGGGCGAGCGUUGCGCCAAUGUUCCAUGUGAAGAAUGAGUUUUGCAUCAUUCCUGCUUGGGUGCAUUGUGUGUGGCCAGUCCUCCGGCAGUCUAUUGACAUGUGAACAUGGCUGAAAGAGACUGUGUACAUAGAUAUCCUGAUUUGAUCCAACCCACUUGCAUUAUCUACUGGAGUGUUUUAUCCACUUGGAGCGGUUCAUACGUUCCGCAAUCUACCGGGACCCCGCCCCGGCAAUACCGACAAAAUGUCAAUUACUGGGGCGGCAGACGGGCCACAAAAGUGAACAGCAUUUCCUGCAUCUUGCAUCACACUAUGUUCUUGCAUUCUGCUGUUGUGGCCGUUCGACGCCCCGUUAACCCGUAUUUUGUUGGCUCAAUAGACAGCGGCCCAAAUAUUGCUUUAUCGCUUUCUGAUGGGGAUUGACUAGCCUUUGUUGUCGUGGCUUCUGC